AUGCCAGGCCGGAUUCGCCGCCUCUUUGAAGCCUUACAGCCGUGGUUCAUCGGGAUCAGUGCCGUGCUAUGCGGUGGGCUUUCUGUAAUCUGGUCACUGUACGAUGGGUCGCAGUUCCUCAGCGAUCUUGGGAGAACUCUGAUACGAACGGUCGCUGCCUUCAUCCAUGGUGUCUUCUUUGUGCUCUUCAUCGGAGCCUUUUUCCAAAUGCAUAACUCUGGAAAGACGGACCUAACUAGUGCCCACGAAGAGGAGAUCUCUCAGCUUUUGGAGACGGUCGAUCAAAUUCAAGCUGAUAUGACUGAAUAUAUCGAGAAGGCCACGUUAGCCGCGGAUACGGGCCGCGAAGAAUUGAGGGGCCUCCGGGCAGCGCUGGCCAACUGUAAGCAGAUGAUCGAAGCUAAGGAGCAAUCCGUUCUGGCGGUCAUUGCCAACCGUAUGCCUCUACUCGACACAGCAUCGACCCUGUACAUCAACGGUCAACUCGCCUACCUUCACCGCUCUGUAGGAACAGUCAACCCAUCCGUCCAAGCAGUCAUCUCUGAACGUAUACAACUCCUCGAUACCCAACCACUUCGAGACCCGCCUCCUCGCACCGACAGCUCGGGGCUAGAGGACAUCCAUCAGUCAAUCGAGGACGUCAAGGAGGCUCAGGAUUCUCUCGAAGCGAGGAUCGCACCUCUUGAGACCUGCCUGUUGAAGUCCAUCCCCGCCAUCGAGAGCGACCUGGCUGCCCUGCGUCAGACGUACGCGGAAGUCGAUGAAGCACAAAAGUCUUUCGAAACCCGGUUUGCGCCUAUCGAGAAGAAGAUGCAAUGUACUAUGGACACCGUGAACAAACUAGAGACCCUCACGCAGUCGCUCGAGGCCAUUGGCGCGGACGCGAAGAAGCACCGGGGGUCCCUUGAAGAAAAGAUCGUGUCGCUGGAGACACAGGUUCCGGAUGUCAAGACAGAGCUUAAAGCAGCUGUCGACAAUGCCCUGCAGGGUCAAGCAUCUCGCGAGGAACGUGUCACACUUGCGCGGUCUAUCCUGGACUUCCGCAAGUCGAUCGUUGAUGACCAGGACAGUCUCAAGGAAAGAGUUGCUAUCCUCGAGACCCAAGUGCAGUCGGUCGACCGUAUUGCGAAGAAUGUCAAGACGAAUCGAAGGACGUUCGAGCCCAGGAUCAGGUAUCUUGAGGUCCAGAUGCGGUCCAUCCAGGAUGUCAAGAAGGAGCUUGACGACCUCCGCAAAGAGCUUGCAACUGUCGGCAUGGAUAUCAAGGCUCAGGCAUCCCACGAGGAGCGCGUCAAGCUUCUCGAGGCCGAAGGACAGUCCAUCCUGGACUUUCGCGAAUCGAUCGCUGAUGGCCAGGACAAACUCAGGCAACGCGUCGCUACUCUCGAGACCCAAGCGCAGUCGAUCCCGGAUGUCGAAGAGCUGGCUGACUUCCGUUGGUCGGUCUGCGCUGUGAAGGAGCUCAAGACGAACCAGGAGUCCGUCGAGAGUAGGAUCAAGCUUCUUGAGGUCCAGACGCAGUCAAUCCCGGAUGUCAAGAAGGAGCUUGACGACCUCCGCACAGAGAUUGUAGCUGUCGACACGGAUAUCAAGGCUCAGGCAUCUCAUGAAGAGCGCAUCAAGCUUCUCGAGGCCCAAACAGAGUCCAUCCCGGACUUUCGCAAGUCGAUCGCUGAUGGCCAGGACGAGUUCAACAAAAAAGUCGCUGUCCUCGAAACCAAAGUGCAGUCGCUCCCGGAUGCUAAAGAGCUGGUUGGCCUCCGUGAGUUGGUCGAGUGUGUCGAGGAGGGAGUCAAGACGACCCGGGAGUCCGUCGAGAGUAGGAUCAAGCUUCUUGAGGUCCAGACCCAGUCCGUCCUGGAAGACAAGACGGAAAUGGCCAGCCUCCGCGAUGUCCAGAAGCUCGACGAAAGAGUUGGGACCCUCGAAACUCAGACGCAGCAAGUCUCGGAUGCUCAGGAGCUGGCCGAUCUCCGUCGACUACAGGGUGUCAAGGCGAGUGGCAGUGCCAUGACGAAUCGGGAGUCCAUCGGCAAGAUACUCAACUCUCUUGAGGCCACAAUCCUCGAGACCCGCACGCGGUCCGUACUGAGCCUGGAGAGCAAAUCAGUCAACCUCGGACACCCGCUCGCUGAUGUUGAGGCGUCUAUUGUGGAAGACGGGAUCAUGCUUCCCGAGAGCGAGGCGCAUACCAUACUACCGGACACCGACUCCAACCAGGAGAUGAAUUUGGUCUGUUGCAACGGUCUCGACACAGUGGCUGAGCAUUGUGAUGACGAACUGGUGAGGCUCGAAAUGCCUUGUCCUCAGCCUUGUCUUCAAGCAUGCGACGAAAUGGAGAUGCUGGGCAUACCACCUUCCGAGACUGUCACCCUUGAGCGAUCGAGAGCCAGAGCCGAGAACACUUCGACAUCAACAAUCGAAGUGAAUGAACAUCUCGUGGCCCUACGGGAGCGCGCGAGGACCGCUGUCCGUUCUCAGCCACAUUACUAUGCCUUGGACGACCAUCAAGUCGAUUUCGAUGUCUCUCAAGCACGUUGCGACCGUGUCUCGCUCAUGCAGGAUGUGAUGGGAUUUGAAUGUCGCCCGGACAUGGAUCAGUUGCCUGAAAGCGACUUAGUGAAUCUUGUCAACAAGGUCACCCACCUACGGGGACAAACUCGUCAUGGACAGCUAGGCCAGCUAACACGUCAGGGGCGCAGAAGCUCGGGCAGUUUCCAGAGUCUGAAGUCGCCAGACUCAGAGGCCCUGCUGCAUGCCCUGGUCUUCAGCAGCCUGGAACUCAUCCAGGUCUGCUCCCUUAUCCCUGGUCCUCUAUCACGGCGACCCUUCAACUUUGAUGUGAAGUUGGAUUGCUACCCCUCACCCGGGUUUAUGGAUAUGAUGCUCACGCGUUUCAGCGAUCUUGCUGGAUGUCUGCAAUCGUUCUCUCAAGCAGGGGGGAAGUUUGAUAAACUCGCUCCCUUGCGAGUCGAGAUGGUGGUUCUGCAGUGUCUGGCCAUACUCUCGGGUGAACGAUCAUUGGCCGAAUGCGCUCAGGUUGUCGUCGACAUCUCGACAGAGAUGAUGCUGAUCGGCGAGCAUCUGGCCGAGCGCAUUCCAGACUUGGUAUCAAAAGUUCGCGAAUUCAAGCCAAGCGCGGACGAGCCACUUCAACUCAGGCAUGAGUUUGUUGUGUUCAACGAUAUCGUUGAACACAACGAACUCGUGCAUGAGUUGUACACCAGCGUAUUCUCUUCAAAGGGUCACGCGUUUACCUGGUCCUUGUGGGUAGACCUCGCCGCCAUCGCCGAUGACCUGUUCGUGCAGCCUGGUGCUCCGAUCAACAAUUCGAGGUCAACCGACUUCCUCAUAGCCACUCUCAAUGAACGCGACCGAGUUGACAAGGUGCUGAAGCGUCUUGGGGGAUACGACGAUGACGUCUCCGUACGCAAAGCAUGGAUCACGGCGAAGAUGGUACAACGCCUUCUCAACAUGCUAUAUAGUACGCAUGUCGGGGAACUUACGAAGUAG